AUGAGCACACCAGACGAACAGGACCUCUACGAGCUCCUCUCCAUCCCCCGCACAGCCACCAAAGCCGAAAUCAAAAAAGCCUACCACCGCGCCGCCCUAACCUCCCACCCGGACAAAGUCCCCUCCGAGCAACGCGAAGAAGCCGACCUGAAAUUCAAAGCCAUCUCGCGCGCCUACGAAAUCCUCAGCGACGACGAUACCCGGCAUCUGUACGACGAGCAUGGUAUGGCGGCGUUUGAGAAGGGAGGGGGGAUGAAUGGCGGCGGGGGUCCCGGGGGCCCGGAUCUGGACGAUAUACUCGCGCAGAUGUUCGGGGGCAUGGGCGGGAUGCCCGGGAUGGGCGGCGGGAUGGGCGGAGGGGAUGGGAUGGGAGGUGGGGGCGCGAGGAGGAAAGGAGGCAAAGGCCGGAACGAAGUGCAGCCGUACGAAGUCACGCUGGAAGAGUUGUACAAGGGCAAAACGACGCGCUUCGCCUCGACGAAAAAGGUCGUCUGCGCCACCUGUCGCGGCACGGGGGGCAAAGAAAAGGCCAAGUCCAAGCCCUGCGACAGCUGCAAAGGCCGCGGCCAAACCACCCGCAUCCGUCCCGUCGGCCCCGGCCUCGUCACGCAAGAAACCGUCCCCUGCGCCACGUGCUCCGGUAAAGGGAGUUUCUACGCGGACAAGGAUAAAUGCAAGAAAUGCAAGGGCGCGCGGACGGUGAGCCAGAAGAAGAUCCUCGAGCUUUACAUCCCGCCCGGGAGCAAACAGGGGGAUCGGAUCGUGUUGGCGGGGGAGGCGGAUCAGGAUCCCGAUGAUAGUGAGCCGGGGGAUAUCGUGUUCGAGGUGGUGGAGGAGCCGCACAAAGUGUUCCAUCGCGCGGGCGCGGAUCUGCAGGCGGAUUUGGAGAUUGGGCUGGUGGAGGCGUUGACGGGGUUCAACCGCGUCGUGCUGCGCCAUCUGGACGGGAGGGGGAUCCAACUGCACGUCGAGCAACCGGCGGGCAAAGUGUUGCGUCCUGACGAAAUCCUACGGAUUCGAGGCGAGGGCAUGCCGGUGAAACGAUCGGAUUCCCGCGGGGAUCUGUACCUGACCGUCCGCGUGACGUUCCCCGAGGACGGAUGGUUGAGGGAUCCGGCCGCGGUGGAGCGGGUGAGGGAUGUGCUGCCGAAGGCGGAGGGGGCGCGGUUUGGAGUGGGCGAGACGCCGGAGAUGGUGGAUGAGGUUGAGUUUGAGGCGGUGGAGAAUCUGGAGGGGUUUGGCGCCGGGUCGGAUGAUCCGCGGGCCGGGGCGGAGUGGGAGGAUGAGGAUGGGGAGGCGGGUGGGCAGGGGGCGCAGUGUGCGCAGCAGUGA